GUAUCUUUUGCGAUUCGUGCGCCAGAUUUACUAGUUCUGAAUUCAUUUGCGCAAUAACUGGUAAUGGAGGACUCCCUGUCUAAUUGCUAGCGUGAAAAUAAACACAUAAGUUUCCUACUCAUCCAGAGAUCUGUAGACAAUUUUGUGGGCUUUGGAUUAAAGGAAUUUUCACUACUGAACAUGAACUAAGCGAAGAUUUUAUACACGCAAAUUUUUUCGGUUUUCUACUAUCGUUUGCUUCGAUCAAGAACAUUCAUAGUUACCACUUCUUUGAAUCAAGAUGUUUCACAAGGGAGGACCUGGAAAACAGAGAGGUUUUGGUUUUGGAGGAUUUUCUCUAGCAGCAAAGAAAGAAGAUCCCCUCCCAGCUAAUAUAGGGAGCGGCAUGCCCGUCAGUACAUCAGGUGGAAGUGCAAAGAAAAAUCAUUCAUCCCAUGGCCAGGGAUUCCACGGUACUUCAUCGUUUCCUUUGCCAGGAGCCAGGAAACCGUGAGUAUUUAUGCUUAAUGAUCAACUAUUUUUUACAUUAUUUUAAUAAAAGAAUGUAUUAGAAUAAGAUCGUCAUCAAAAUUAAGUCAACAGUGAAAUUUUGCUUCGUCUUAAGUUCUAUGUACACUGGAGGAAGUUUACCGCUUUAGUUACUUCGAGUCAUAGCUAUGGCUUGGUAAUAAAACAUUCGAGCUUUUGGUCGCUCAAUAUCUUUUUGGUGAAAUCCGAUGUUUCUUUGUCUAAGUACUCUAACAUUCUAUGCUGGCCAGCUCACCAAAUUCCUCUUUUAUAUGUACCACACUAGUCAAGUUUUUGUAAAACAUAUCAGAGGGGGUUAGUUUUUAAAGAAACUGUGGUGCUGCAUGGGUGGGAGAGUGAUCAAGUGAUAUGAUAAUGUAAAUUGGCCACUGUAAAGUGUUUAAAAGCCGACGUUUCAAGCAUUAGCCCUUUGUCAAUCGCUCUGAUGAAAGGCUAAUGCUUGAAAUGUCAGCUUUAAAACUCUCUACAGUGGCCAAUUUACAGUAUCAACCCAGUUGAUAAUGUUGAAUAACUCUUUUAUGGUGAGAGACUCUAUUGCUCUCUCAAUUUUUUAAAAUUUCUUGUUACCAACAUUGACAAAGGGGAACAAUGCAAUGUUUCAACAAUUCUGAUUAGGAUUAUAGUUAUCAUUCAGCAGAACAGCACAUCUGUGUUUGUCAAUGUCAAUUGUGAUUUUUUUUUAAAUUGUUUUUUUUGCCCAAAUGACAAAAUGGCCAUCCUUGGUUGAAGGGAGUAUUUGUUUCCUUACAAUAUUUUGCUGUCCUUGUGAACUGACCUUUCAAACCAACAAGACUAUCCCUGCUGGAAAACUUCCCAAUUAAUUAAACAAAACUAUUUAACAUUUCAUGUGCGCAAAGUUUCUAUCAGGUGAUAGUAUUUGCCUCAUUAGCUUUCAGGCAUAGAAAUUAAGAGUGAGUAAUCAAAUUGUUCCAGUUCAAAUCUUCUUGUAUAAAAUUUAACAUUGAGACAUGUUCAUGUUUUCAGCUUAGUUUAAUAACAACUGCAUUCAGUCAUCCUAUUCAAUGUGCCCACUAUUAUGGAAUAGAUAAAAAGUCACAUAGCCAAUCAGACUUUAGCAUUUUUGAUAGAUGCUAGUUGAUUCAUACUUAUUAUUUUACUUGUAGAAUAUUUGUUGAUAGUGAUAAUGAGGAUGAUGAGACAAAAUUUGUUGAUGAUGAUGAUGAAAGUGAAGACAUACCAUCCAGUCGCAAAUUGGAUGAUGAUGAUGACGAGGAGGAGGAUGAGUUGGACAAAUUCAUGGCGGGAAUACAGGUAAGAUAUCUUGUUUAGUUAGCACAGCUACCUUCAAAACGCUAUGAACUCUAGGUGGUUUAUUGAGGUUGUAUCAUACUUCACAUGGAAAUAUUUAGUAAAAAACUACAUUAGUUCUAAGUGCCCAAUCAUGUCGUUGCUAUGUUCUUGUGUACACAGUGACCCUUAACCUUUUGACUCCCAGAAGUGAUUUACAUGUAACUUCUCCCUACGAUAUCCAUACACCAUCCCACAAACAGGUAAUGAGAUUACUCAAACUUAUCAGUUAGAGGUUGUUAUCAUGAUAUAACACCAAAUUCUUAUAACCAAGUUACAAAGAAAUGUGUAACAGCUAGAUGGGAGAAUUGAUGAUCAGAUCUUAGGAGUUAAAGGGUUAAAAGUGACCAGGAUCUAAUUUCUACCUUUAAAAAAACCCUGCAAUAACACUUGAAGAUUAAAGGAAAUGGUGGUCAGCCAAAGAAGCCAAAUUUUCCUUGUCAGGACCUUAUCCAUUUAAGUCCCACCAGACAGACCUAGACUUAGACAGAAUCUCUCCUUGCAUUGUCAGUACGAUAUCAAGUAGACAAGUAGCGAGAAUAAAGAAAAAUAUUAAUUAGGGGAUUAUUGGUUGAUCCAAUUAUAAAUUCUCAAAACUGACAUCACAUAAAUUGUAUGGCAGACAGUAAAGAGAAUUACUUAUGAAAUCUUGGGAGUUAAAGAGUUAAGAAAUUUAUAGAGAAGAGUAGGGAGAAUUGACAUUCUAAUAGAGAGAUUAACAUUCUUUGUGUUUGAUAUCCGGUCAGAAUGAAGUGCAGAAGGAAGCAAACUUGUCUGCAAAGGAAAAAAGCGACAAAGACAAGAAAAAGUAUGUUUUAGUUUCAUUUUGGUUUGUUCUUACCACAAGGUUCAGGCAAGGAUCACACAGACAUUCUUUCCUACUCAAACACAAUUUGUUACAAGCAAGACAAAUGUUGAAGUUUUUGUGAUAGUAAAACAUUUGUCAAGCAAGGCAUGGCUACAGCAUGGCCUGUUAUAGCUGGUUAGGAGUCAAAUGAGACAUUUCUGUGAAAUAUAGCUUCUUGUAUUUUUGCAAUUGAUAAAAGUAGUUUCAGGUACAAGUUUUUAAUAAAAGUCACCAUUUUGUGACCUAAAACAAGGAUUUCAAAAUGUUUUGAAGAAGGCAUCAGACUUGGCAAAAGUAGGUGACUGUGAAAAGUUCAUUAAGUCCUACCGGUGACCAAGGCAGAAUUUCUCCUUACAAAAUCAUACUAUAUCAACCACAUACAUGAUGAGAAUAAAGAAAAAUAUCAAUUUGAGAUGGUUAGUUGAUCCAAUAUUAAAUUCUCUGAACUAACACUAUAAGAACUGUAUGGUUGACAGAAAGGGGAGUUAAAAAUUUGACCUGGGAGUUAAAGGGUUAAGGGUCAAAAGGUAAUUUUUUUGACCCAAGCAACUGGCAACAUGUCAUCAAGUAGCCGGCGGACCUCUAGUUGUCACCAGCUUGUUUUGAAAUCCCUGCUAAAAUCCUAAAAUGGUCCCCAGAAGUAAUUUUUUAAUUGCCAGAAACCAAAGGGAAAAGUGGACAUAGUGCUCUAUUUCAUGAUAUUACUGUACAGCUGCCCUAUACCAUUUGUCUUUUGAAAAGAGCUCUGAUCAAAGAGAACUUUACAGGUUGCUGCAUGGCCCCUAAACACAGCGUACAAAUUUCAUUUAGUAUAUGGCAAUUUUAGCUUGCAUUGUUGUCGUUAUACAAGCAAUACUAAUUACUUGUGAAAACUUGUGAUGUAACCAGGAUCAGACGAGAUGACAUCGAGGAGGAAGAUGAUCAGGAGUCAUAUUUCAAUUACAUCAAGAAUGCUCCUGUUAUUGCGUAUCCUGAUGAUGAGGAAGAAAUAGAGUACGAUAGUGAUGGAAAUCCUAUUGCUCCAGAGAAGUCCAAGGUAAUUCUAAUUUAUCAGUGGUUUGUCUGUUAAAGAGACUUACUGAUCCUCAUUGUUACAUAUCAAUUAAUUUGCUUUUUCUUUUUGUUUUGUUGUGUUUUGCAGAUUAUUGUACCACUUCCAGCUGUGGACCACUUUGAGGUAGCCUUGAUACCAUUUAUUUAUAAAUUUAUUGUUCUUUUUAUUUCUUUUACCAUUGUUCUCCAGGGCCCAGUUGUUCAAAGGCUGAUUAGCACUAACCCAAAAUGCAAGGUUAAAUUUUAAUCUGGGCCUCUUUGAUGUCUUUGUUAAGCCUUUAAUCCCUAAGAGUGACCAGCAUCUAAUUUCUCCUUUCAAUAUCACCCAUGAAUUAAACAUCAAGGUCAUGAGAAUAAAGGAAAUGAUAAUUAACUGAAGAACCUCUCGAUUGUUAAACAAAUUCUCCUUGCAAGCACAUGAGGAAAUGUAAAGAGACCAGUAAAGAGAAUAUGGGUAUUGAUGUUAGGGUGUGGGUUUAAGACCUGUUUGGGAUGAUUCUCUAUAUUCUCUUUAGAGCAUCAAAUCACAACAUUGUGGACAAAGAAAAUUACACUGGAUUUCCUUUAAAAGCAUUCACAUCUGAAAUCUAAUUUCACACUAAUCCUGGGUUAUCUUAAUCCAGCUUUGAACAACCCAGCCCAGAAGCACCUGCAAUCUGCAUGCUGAAUGGCUACUUGUUUCUGAAGGGGCGGAUUCUUUUACAAGAAAAAACUGAGAAAUACCUGUUUUAAUCUGAAACAAAUUUCAACCUUUGCCUUUUUUUCAUUAUACUGGAAAGAAACCAAUAGUAGGUAACUGCAGGGGUAAUAGAUACUAAAUAAUGGGGAUAAAAAUGAAAAUAAUUGGAUUUAGUAGUAGAAAUUCCAUUUGGUGACUCUUCUUGUUCACUGAAACAAACUGUAAAUAGACAUUGUCCAAAAAAAAAAAAAGGGCUGGUUAUUUAAAACUAAUUGCUUGUGUAAAACUGUGGUUUGUGUUAGACCUUGUAGACUUGACCAACCCAUAGAGUUUAAAAAUCCCAACUGGCUGAAGGCAAAUUGGUUGGCUGUAUACAAAGUACAGCCAAAAAGUUGAACUCAGAGUAACUGAGAACAAAACCAGUGGGGUGGGCUUGAACUUGGAACCACCAGAUUUCAAGUUUGGUACCCUGACCACUUGGUUACACUGCCUCUGUUUUAUUUAGAGAUAAUAUGCACAUGCCAUACACUUCUCCUGCUUCAUGGCUGGCCUCUAAAUAAUCUCUGGAGAACACUGGUCUUAUUUUCAUUUUAUCUUCAAUUAUUUUUGAGUGACUUCCUUCUUUGGUGCAUUCCUCACUAUUUUUUUUUUUGGCAUUCUUUUGUCUUGUUGUAGAUUGACUACCCACCUUUUGAAAAGAACUUCUACAUCGAGCAUACGGAAAUUGCUAAACUAACCAACCAAGAUGUUCAGGAUUUAAGGAGAAAGUUAGGAAUGAAGGUGGGUUAUUAAACGAUAUGAAAAUUAUUUUAGAGAAUUCUUUGGAUUGAAUAUGUGUAAAGCACUUUUAAAUUUUGUCUUUGUGAGGGGAGGGCUGGUUAGGAAAAGAAUGAAAACUAUCAACAACCAGAAUUUAUAGCUUAUUCUAAGCCUUGAGUUUCCUUUUAUGGCACCUUCUACCAGUGUUCAUGUGUUUUUUUUGUUUAUGAAAAAACUAUAGAAAACAAACUAUGAGGAGUUAACCCUUUAACUCCCAUGAGUGACCAAGAGAGAAUUUCUCCUCACAAUAUUCAUACAAUAUCAAGCACACAAGUGAUAAGAAUUAAAAAAUAUCAAUUUGUGGAUUAUUAAUUGAUCCAAUACCAAAUUCUCCAAACUAAGUGUAAAGAAUUGUAUGGCACACAGUCAGGAGAAUUACUUAUGUGAUCUUGGGAGUGAAAGGGUUAAACUGCUCCUGAAGGUAAUAAGACCCUAAAGUAGCUCUAUCUUGUUUUGAACAUUUUUCCCUCAGCUUUGCACAAUGUUUGAUUUAGGUAUUGCCUAAAUCCACCAGAAAAGAAACUGCAGUUCAAAUUUUUUAGGCAGAAAUUUGUGUUAUUUCAGAAUGUACAGUUUAUCAUGGUCAUUGAUUGUCAGUUUUGAUACCUUUAUAUGGAUUGAUACUCAGUAUUGUCAAAAAUCCUUAACUUAAGAGAUUGGGGGUUAAAUUAGUGCAAACUUGUGUUAGCCAUUAAUUCCUAUUAAGUUCAGGAUUUGCAUUUCAUCAUUGUCAUUGAUUGGCAGGUGUCAGGUGCUCAGCCUACAAAGCCAUCCAUCAGUUUUGCACAUUUUAGCUUUGAUGAACAGCUCAUGGGUGCAAUCAGGAAGUCUGAAUACACACAGCCAACACCGAUCCAGUGUCAGGUAUGAUGGAAAUCAAGAACUGACAUCACAUGCAGGGUAAUUUAAUAUUAUCAACUGAGUUGCUCUAAUGAAGGGCUAGUGCUUGAAAUGUCAGCUUUAAAACUCUCUACGGCAGCUACUCUACAUUAUCAGUUGAACUCAGUUGAUAAUACUAAAUUACCCUCAUAUACUCUCCCACAAUGCAGCGCCAAAGUUUCUUUAGAAACUUACCCCCUUUAACAUCACAUGCAGUUGUAUAACACAUCCCUACUUACCCAAUGGAAACCCAUGGUACAUUGUUAGUGGGUGGCAAGCUGGCAUAGCUUCUGGUUGCUGGCUGCUACCCUAAGCUUACCACUCCUUGGGUAGAAAGAUUGAGAGAAGGUCACCUUAAACCAACUGAUGGCAACUCCCAAAAAAUGUUAAAUUGAUAAAAAUUAAUGAGCUUGAUCUCAGGCGGACUUAAAUAGAGGUUUUGGCUUACUCCUGAAAAAUAAUUUCUCACAAGUGUAUUAUUUUCUCCAAGAUAUCUUUUUGCAUUUUGUUCUAAAUUUAAAAGUCAGAAUAUCAGUUCUGGCGAACAUCUGUGUAGCAUUAUGUUAGUAUAGUAUCACUGUAACUAAACUGUCAUUCAUCAGUUCUUCAAUUGCAAUAAACAUAGGAGAGAGAAAAAAAAUGUGAAUUCAGUGUUUCUCCUUGGUUCUGCUUUGAACUGUGGCUUUCAGGGCAGUUAGCAAAGUGGGAAAGGGACAAGGAAGGAAUGUUUGAUGGAAAAAGCUAUUUCUUCCAUACUACUGUGACUGACAAGGGUUAUUUUCAAUGAAGCCUGAAUGAAUUGAGAUUCAUAAAUGGUUCCUCUGUACCUUUUUUUUUUCAGGCAAUCCCUGUGGCACUUAGUGGCCGAGACAUCAUAGGCAUUGCUAAAACAGGUUCUGGUAAGACUGCCGCCUUCCUGUGGCCAGCACUGGUUCAUAUCAUGGACCAACCUGAGCUGGAGCCUGGUGAUGGACCCAUUGCCCUCAUAUGUGCACCUACCAGAGAACUUUGCCAGCAGAUCUUUGCUGAAGCUCGACGGUUUGGAAAAGUUUACAACAUCCAUGCUGUGGCUGUGUUUGGUGGAGGCAACAAAUAUGAGCAGUCAAAAGCUCUUCAGGAAGGAGCAGAAAUUGUUGUUGCUACUCCAGUAAGGAAACUUUGUAUGGUGUAGAUGUGGAAGUUUCACCUAAAUAACCACGCUUCAAAUUGACCAUCUUUAUUUACAUCAUCACUGUGCAAAAGCAUUUCAUUCGAUAUUCCUAUCCUAGCAGUUAGCAGGAUGUUUGUCAGCAUGGACCCAGUUAAACGACCUAGCCUGUCACAAGUCUCCUAUAGCGCAGUGGUAGAACGUUUGAAGUAGUAAUCGGAAGGUCGUGGGUUUGACUCCCAGUGACUCACUUACUGAAUAACAUCGGUUUUUACAAUGAAUCGUGGGUCGAAAUGAUCUUUGAGUCGUGUUUCUUUCUUUCCAGGUUUAUUGAAAUAUACUAUAAAAAAAGACAUUUUAUUAGUGCCAUUCUGCGCUUCAUGUGCUCCUUUUUAGAACAAGGAAAUAAAAAAAGAUACAUGCUUCUUCAUCGGAAAAAAAAACAGAUGAAGACCAUAGAGACACCAAAUUGCUCAUUUUCUUUCCUGGUAACAGGUUACUUCUAAGACUCCAACUUAAAUCGGGACAUGCGUUGUUAACCAUUCUUUACAACUACCGGUACCUUAAAUGACUGCAGUCUCAAGUGGUCAAAUAAAUCUCAUGUACAACGUUAUCCCUUCUUUUUAUUAGUUUUAUAACUUUAUUGUCAUCCAACAUUAGGGUCGUCUGAUUGAUCAUGUGAAGGCAAAGGGCACAAAUCUGAAAAGAGUUACAUAUCUGGUCUUUGAUGAAGCUGACAGGAUGUUUGACAUGGGAUUUGGUAGGUAAACUACACGGCUGAAAGCAUCAUGAGCAAGCAUCGCUCGAAUAGCAGAAUUUUCAAUUGUGUGUCGAAGUAAUCCGGGAUUUCGUUAGUUUUGCUUCACUUUGCUCUGUGAUUGGCCCAUUAAAUUCGCGCCUCUUUCUCAACCAGUCAAAUUUAAGCCUGAAACCAAUCGCUCCUCGGUCGCCUGCGUUUCCCGCGCCUCAAGCCUUUUUCUUGUUUUUACUUUGAUUUCUUAUUGGCUCCUGGUGAUUUUAACCUUUGUUCUGAUUGGCUGUCAAGAUUACUUUUGUUUUGGCUUUAAAUCGAUCGCAAAAGCGCCCUACAACAGCGACUAUGAGGUUUACAAUAUCUUUAAUUUACUAAAGAGAAGUGUUGCUCAUUUCUUCUUAUUUUUAAGAGUGCUUUAUGGUUUCGAAGUGUUUUAAUGGGGUGUAAAUGGACACAUAUGGACAUCUUGCUUAUUUCUGUUGUGGGAAUCAAAACCUGAUACUUGUCCUUUAAUGUUACGAAAUGUUUUUCUCUAGAGCCGCAAGUGAGGUCGAUCGCAAAUAACGUUCGUCCCGAUAGACAGAGUGAGUAUUACCUCUUAUUUCACCUCGUUAUUCUUUUCUCAAUAAAUAAAUAGAUGAUUGUUGCUCUGAUAUGUAACUUCACAUGCCAAAAUUGACGGUUAAUUGCAAUUUGCGCUUCCUUCGUUUAUGCAAUUUUCAUCUCUAAUCCAGCUAUCUGAGUUGAAAAUAUUAUCACUGCUUUAAGUUGUUUGUCUUUUUGCUUCGUUGUGUUUAGCCUUGCUCUUCAGUGCCACAUUUAAGAAAAAAGUCGAGAUGCUGUGUCGGGAUAUCUUGACAGAUCCUAUUAGAGUUGUGGUGGGAGAGCUUGGCGAGGUAAGGAAUAAUCGUUUGAGGAAGAAAAGACAUAUACGCUGUACUUAGAAGAAGUUUCUAACCAGUUAUCAGUUACUGAUGAUAAUCGCUUAUCAGAUACUGUAAACAAACUUGUAAAUGAAAACCUGUCUGGUCAUUGUGGGAGCGGGCAAAUAGUUCGGUUCAGAGUUGUAUCCCUUGUAGUACAUUAUACACUGCGGAACAAUAAUUAUAAAAAUUUAUUUUAUCAGGAUUGAAAUGAACCGUAGCUAAAAGAUGCACUAUGUUCGUAAAACAUUAACUAUUAAGAUAGGGGUGAGAGUUUGAGAAAACAUUAUAAUUUUCUCCAACGUAGUGGAUCAUUUACAAGGAAACACAAGAAUUUUACUUGUUCUGUAUUUAAUUUCCCACUUAUUUUUCCUGUCUAUGCAGGCAAAUGAAGAUGUAACACAGAUCGUGGAGAUCUUACCAAGUAUCAGUGAUAAAUGGACAUGGCUAACAAGGCAUUUAGUCUCUUUCACAUCAGGUAAUCAACGGAAAAUUGGGAAAAGCACUCUACGAAUUUAAGUCUUGUGUGUUCUUCAUACUUCCCUACUAAAAGACUCGGACCCUAUAAUUUCGCUAUUUGCUGUACGAAUGAAAUAAUUCCAAUGUUUCUAAUUCUCAAUUCACGUACCUUGUUUUCCAAUUUAAGGAAGGUUGGGUUUCUUGAAGAGGAUUCGACGUGAUUUUAAUUUUUGUUCCACAGGAAUUUGUCACAAGUGAUGUUAGUUUGUAUUUCUCUCACUUACAUGUAUUUUGCUUUCUAAGCUGGAAGUGUCCUCAUCUUUGUGACCAAAAAGGCCAACAGUGAAGAACUUGCAUCAAAACUCAAAACCAAAGAUUUUGAAGGUAGGUCCUAGAUUGUUGCAUAUAUGUCAGUUUUAACGCCCAAGGUUAUCUCGUGCCUGUCUUUCAAAUUCGUGGGAAGGCGAUCUUUCAAAUGCAACCUAGAUUGUUGUUCAACAAUGAGCAUCAGCAAAUCGUUAUAGCAAGUGACAAAUUAUCUCUGAAUCAACCUGUGAGGGAUUAGAGCCUAUCCACUCUCGAUCUGAGUUCACCGCCCUCGUCACCAGGGCACCGUAUCUCCUUAGGGAAGAAACUACUUUUUUUGCACUUGUUUUCUCUCUUUUAAGACCAGCCCGGAGAAUAUCUGUAGAAAAAGGUUACCCUUCUUGGCUCGAGGGGGGGGAAUUUUCUUCUUUCUGCCAUUUAAAUAAUCGAAAAUAUUUUGUUACCUUGAUCCGUGUCACUAAUUACAAAUAACUGAUAUGGUUUAUAUUGCUUUUGGCCUCUCUUUACUCAGUGGUGUUAUUGCACGGAGAUAUGGAUCAAUUCGAGAGAGACAAAGUCAUCAACUCAUUCAAGAAACAAGAGAUCCCCAUUCUAGUAGCGACUGACGUAGCAGGUAGGAAGCAAAGUUUAAUUUCACUCAGCGCGCAAGCUGCGCACACAGAGGAUGUGUAAAGAGAUUGCUGCGAACGUUGACAUUUCUUUACGCAAUUUUGGAGGAAUUGAAGGCAUGUGCGACUCCAGCUUGGCCCACGUUUUUGCCGUUUGGCUGAGAGGAAGCUGAUGAGUCUAUCAAGCAGGUUUAAUCCUAGACCUUGAAGAAGUAGCCAUUCGCUCGCGGAAGUGAACUCUGGACCUUUCAAACACCUCCACAUUAAAAGAUAAAACAUGUGUAUUUCUUUUAAAAUACUUGACUCUGGCGGUUCAAAUUCCCCCCACCCCCCGGCACGGACGACAGUCAAAUGCCGGUGUAUUAGCGUUGAUGAAUUGGUUUUCAUUUUAGCCCGUGGCUUGGACAUUCCGUCAAUUAAAACUGUCAUUAAUUACGAUGUGGCACGUGACAUCCACACGCACACACACCGGAUUGGUCGGACUGGCAGAGCAGGUAAGUUUGUUAGAGGUUCUAAUUCUAGCAAAUACGAGUAAGUACUUGCUCUGUCGUUCACUCCAAAAGAUAUAGCCGGAAUUCAAAGUAAUGCCUUCCUGAGCCCCUUUUGCAGGCUACAGGAAGUGAGUUACCCCCGAAAGUAAUGAACUAGAUGAAUUCUUCUUGCUAUAUCGAGGCAUUAUUCAACCAAAAGAGAGUGGUAGAGAUAGAAAGACUGACUAGCUGGAUGGUGUUUUUCUGAUCUAACUCCAAAUUAUAUUAACCAAUAUACGGGGAAAUACUGAACACGUAAAAAGGAGAGUUGAGAAUCAUUUGAGUGGAGAAAAAUAUGUUUAAAAACGUUUAGUAUUGUGGGAGUUCUGUUGCCAUAGUCAUUUUUCUAAUAAGGCGUAGAUUGUGUAUGUUAAUUCAACUUUUCUUUUUUGGUACAGGGGAAAAGGGUGUGGCUUACACCCUUCUCACGUCAGCAGAUCAAAAUUUUUCAGGGGAUCUUGUGCGAAAUUUGGUGAGUUUUUGCUAUAUUCAUGAUUAAUUUCGAAGAACCCGCUUAAGUUAAGAUAGCUCGCAUUUUUUUUUCCCGCACCUCUCAAGGGCACAACGUCUUGCCCCGGCCAGGACUAGAACCCGGGUCGUGCGACUCGGAGCCCAGUACACUGGACUACUGGACAAAGCUGUGGCAUUGGCGCGCCCGCGGUACAGUUGUAUGUUAAAAGUAGCACCUUGUACGGUCGUACGGUCGUACAUCCAAAUUUUUUCGGCUUGAUGGGUUACUACUAUUUUGUAUAAUUAUGAGGCUACGCUCUGCGAGCUCCGCUAUUAGAGGGGGAAAAGGAGGGAAAGGAAAAGGCUUCAAAAACUGCAAUUAAGCAGACCUUGCCCAUGGAGGACGUUAACUUCUUUGAUAAUGAAUUGGAUGUAUUUGGGUAAAGCUUUCGUUUAAACCUGUCAACUUUCUAACCCAUCUAAGAGUUUACCAAAAUUUUCCUUGGUAGUGUAUCUUUGGUAGACUUUGGAAAGUAAGAGAAACUUGGGAAACGAGUACCAAUUCUUUAGGUCAAAAUAUCACGUCCAUGUAAUUUUCAGACUUAAAUGAAUAUCCACUUGCUCUAGUACGUAAUGCUUGUUUAUAUCAGGAAGGAUCUGAUCAAGUGGUUUACUACAAAUAAAUAUAAAUAUCCACCUGCUCUAACGCAUAAUUCUUGUUUUUAUUAGGAAGGAGCUAAUCAAGUGGUUCCUGAGGCUCUGAUGGAGAUGGCACUGAAGGUUCUUUAUUAUUAAGCGUACUACUUCUUUCUUAACUCGUGAAAACAUAUCGUUUGCAAGUCUGUAGACCCAUUUUCAUUCAUGUGUUAUCCCCUUAUAAGUUUUCCUUAGUGGGUAGAUUGCCAGUUAAAACAAGUUUUUGGCGCCAAAUUCCCAUGUCCAUAACCUGUUAUUUCAGGUUUUAAACAGGCAGACUUCUGUUGGAAAAACUUGCCAGCGGUAAAAACUCCAAGGGUAGACGACUUGAUGCAGACAUUUGUCAAGAAAAUCGGAAAAGAUUAAGAGUGACGGUUACUUGAGUUUUCAAUCGCGAUUUUAGUAUGGAGCAAUUUUCAUUUGAGUUCAAAAAUAAUCUUGAUGUUAAUUGGUUUUGUUUUACUUUGCUCUGUGUUUGGUUCAAAAACUCGCACCCCUUUCUCUACAAAUCAGAUGUUUAACGACCUCUAAUGCGCCAAUUACGACUUGGUCGCCCGCGUUUUCCCGCGCUUUAGGCAAUUUGCUUGUUUUCACUCUGAGUUCUCAUUGGCUCUAGCUCUAUGUGCGUGGCUUAAGAUCUAAGAGUAAGAAGGAGCCUGCUAGGUACUACCCAAGACGACAAACAUUGUGACCAAGUCACGUUUGGUUUUUAGUCCGCAUCUGAUUGGUUUAGAGGGUGGCUCUGGUUGUGUGGACCAAUCACAGCACGAAAUUAAGUAAAAUCGAUGCAAACGCGAUUUACUUUCGACGCUCUCGUGAUAUUUGCUUUGCUUUCCUCUUUAUGUAAAUUUUUCUUGCUUGGGUCCAUAGAAUGCUUGGUUUAGGAAGUCUCGUUUUCGACAAGGCAAGGGAAAAGCCAGUGGAAGGGAAGGAAGACCGCGCAUGCGUGAGAGGCCGGGAUUAGGAAUGCAGGGAUCGUCGGUAAAUAACGCUAUUUAACCUGAUAACUCCGUGGAUUAGUAUUAAUUCAUCUGGCUAUUAUUGUACUUCACGAUUUUUUGUUGAUAUUGCCUUUUACACCAAUUUACAUUUGUGGGAACGAAAGAUACUUUACUGAGAUGAGCACAAUAAAGACUAGCAAAAAAUCUCAAACAUUCGUACGUUGCAAACUAUCGCCUUGACGGCGACUAGCAUGUCGUCACUCUUUUGUUAUGUUUGUCAUGGAAAUGUGCCUUUAAUUCUUCUCGAAAGAUACCUCGUGCUUGUCAAAACCUUAACCCUCUCUCUCCCUGGAUUGACCAAAAAGCAAUUUCUCCUCACUUUGUCGAUACUUUUUCAAACAGCAAUGUGAUGAGAAGAAAGAAGAAUGCAGAGUAGAAGAUAUUCUUAAUUUGGGAUCAAAUUGCCAGCUAUAAUUUGAAUCAGUGUAUGGUGUAGAUCUAGGGAAUGUUAUAUGAUGGUUUUUACAGAGACUUGAAUUUUCUAAAAAACGUUUAGGAUUUGCAAACUAUUGUUCAAAAUCCGGAACCUAAAGAGUAGGAGAUAAAUGGUGAUACGCCUUUGAAAUAUAAGAAGCAGUAAAAUGUCUUUUAGCUUUAAUCUCUUUUUUCGCAAAUUUCCUCGAGCAGAAUGUCUUAGUAAGGAGAACUGAGAUUUUCUAGGUUUAACCCUUUAAUUCCCACAAUCUCAUUAGUAAUUCUCCUUACUGUCCGCCAAACUAUUCUCAUUAUGUUAGUUUGGAGAAUUUGGUAUUGGAUCAACUUAUUUACCUCUGAUUGAUAUUUUUCUUUAUUCUCAUCACUUAUCUGGUUGAUAUUGGGGUGAUAUUGUAAGGAGAAAUUCUGUCUUGGUCACUCAUGGGAGUUAAAGGGUUAAGGGAACAUCGUUGGGAACCUUUAGUUUGCUCUUGCCAGAUUUGUGGACCCAAAUGACUCGCAAAAUAUCUGGAAGAAAAAGUCUUUAUUUUUGUACUCUAAAAAUGUUUUGUGCCCUGAUACCAAAAAUUUUUAACAAAUUCAGUUUUCAGUUUAAACUUGCGGCUUAGCUGGUAUUCACAAAAGGUAAUCUGCCUUAUCUUUUCACAGGGAAACCAAGCCGGUGAUGGCAGAGGAGCGCAGUAUUCGUAUGCAGAAUCUUCGUACCCACAAUCGUCUUUCGUAUCGUCGACGUCCUCAAAAACAUCUUUUCGUCCGUCGUCAUCUUCGGCCUCGGGAGGAGUGUUCGGCUCUUCGGCAAGAAAUGAUCGGACCUCGGCUCUCAAGGCUGCUUUUCAGGUUUUUGUUAUGAAUGUUUUCUUCUUUUACCGAUCACCUUUUUUUUUUAAAUAUGUCCGUCUCGAAAUUUGUAAUAUCCAGUCACACAAUUAUCUACUCACGAAAACGUUGUCACUUUGGAGCGUACGUUGUUACAAUCUUAACCCAUUCUUCCCAUUCGUUCCCCUUUCUUCAGCGGAUAAAAUAUCCCACCUGCUUCCUGCGGACAGCUUAGUCCUUUUUGACUUAAUGUUACUUUUGUUAUGUUGCUCCACCCGAAUAAAUCAUUCUCUUGGAGACUUAUUCGAUGUUGAUAUAUUCAAGUCUUUCACGUCUUGGUCCUUAGGCCCAGUACAAGUCUCACUUUUGCGCUGCAUCUUCCUCUGCGUCUAACACAUGGGACGCGACAAGUCACCACAGUACAGCUAAACCCCCUGACAGCAGGCCACAAUCGUCUAAACCACAAAAACCGGCCGUCAAGAAAUCCCGUUGGGACCCAGCGUAGGAACAUACAUGUUCAUACUCUGAGAUUUCUUGGUUUUCUGUGGAUUUUGUUCUACAUUUGGGCUCAGUUGUUUAGAAGAGAAACGUGUAUGUGUUAGUUAUGUAAGAUUCAAAAAGGCUAAGAACACAGCAUUUUUUUUUUCUCUGUUUUCAAUGGAGUCCCUUGACUCUCUUCGUGACUCGAAGGGGGAACGUUUGUAGCGUAACUUAACAACUUGCCUCGUCAACACGAAAAUUGUCACUUGCUACGGAUAAUGCUCAGGUUGGUCACGCUUAAUGUAGUUUGCUGUUUCUUUAACCCUUUAAAACCCCAAAGAGUGAUUAGCAUCUAAUUUCUCCCUACAAUAUCACCCCUUAAUCAAACAUUAAGGUCACGAGAAUAAAGGAAUGAUCAUGGAGCUCUUGAUUGUUAAACAAAUUCUCCUUGUCAGCACCUUAGGAAAUGUAUAGAGAACAGUAUGGAGAAUAUGCAGAAUGAUGUUAGGGUGUAAAAGGGUUAAAGGGAUGGAAAGCAGAAAACACUGUAGACAAUAUGUUGGAGAACCGAGUAAAGAUAAAUCGCCUCGCAAUAGCUAGCGUUCUAUCACAUUUACCGCAAUCUGAUUGGCUGCGGUCUUCGCUAUCUAUUCAUCAAUAGAUAGAGUUAAGUGAGCUGCCCAUAAUUUUGUGGCCUAUAGAAAAUAAAAUG